AUGGGGAAACCCGAGCAUACGGUGAGUAAUCUAGAUUCAGCCAUCAACAGAAACCCACUGAAAACAAUUUUAAAAGAAAACGACGCAUUUUCAGCGUGUCAUGAUGAAACAUCUCACUGAUUUCCAAUGCGAGCUAGCCACCAUUCGGAAACUCGCCAAGCUGAUCCAUUGCGGAGGCAGACCGUUCGAAGACACAGAAUGCGUGUCUUGCGAAACGUUGGAGGACCACCACACGCACAGAAAAUGUUAUAUGGUCGAUCAGGUCGCUGCCUACAAAGUGAGUUCUACAUGAUGAUGAUUUCUGAUCCAUCGGCAGUCGUACUGAGCAUUCGAAUGGGAUGCAAACCAAAAACCGCUAGGGUUAUGACAAACAGCUAUACUGUUGUGCUGACGCAUUCAUGGCAAACAACGGCAAGCGUCUUUUGUUUCUUCAGAAUUAGGUGACGUUCCGAAACCUGCAGAGUUCGGGUUCAAUCGAGAUCCCAGCCAGAAUCACAUUUCAUAAAUCUACUAAGGCUGAGCCGGGGAAUGUGUCUCAUCAGUUUUCAAAAUUUUUAUUUUCAGAGAGCGUCAGACGAACCACUCCGUCGCAUGCACAUCUUCUACGAGAAGUACCUCGAAGCAAAAAGUGUCGUGGAAAUUGAGAGUAUCCGUCAGAGGUUCGACCGCACCAUCAACAGGAUGACGAAGGCGCUCGAUCUUCUCAGACAGCAGCACGACGAGAAAAUAGCAGAUCCCGAUCGUGAAAAAGCGCCGAAAUGCAGCACGUCCGCGGAUUUCGCUCAGAAGCACAAAGAGAUGACUGAUGAGAUCAAUACAACACGGGAGAUUAUGGACGGUGUUGUCGAGUACUAUACGAAUCAAGCACCCGCACGUAGGGCGCAAGACUGGGAGAAUUUCAUUGAUGCAAUGAAGAAGCUCGAGAACUCGGACGUGAAAUGGCACACUUCGGAGGACGCGGACUUGGCCUGGACCUAUGAGCAACCUGAAGGUCGCAACCCGCGUACGUCAGCAGCGUUCAACUACAACACAACCAUCGACAGAAAUGCUCGGCAUGACACAUUUUUGCUGCAAUGCAGUAGAGGAGAAAAUGAUGGCCGUUUCGAUCUCGAAUUUUUCGAGAAACAUUGUCAAACGGUCCGAGCUCGAAGUGAUAAAGUCGCAAACGAAUUUAAACCGGAUUACGAUGGAAGAGUAUACGAGAGCCUUGAAGAGUGCUUCUACAUAGCGAGACAACAAUUCAGAUCUAUUUCGAGACAUCGGUUCCACUGUCAGCAACUGAUUGAUGAGGAGAUGAAGAUGGUGUGUAAAAAAAUGGACUAUGACAAGCUGGUUGAACUCAUCGAGCGGUAUGAAAAUCACCGCAAAUUAAUAGCGAACAUCGAAUCGUGGUCGGAUCUGACUAGAUGGGCUCAGACCAUUUGUAUUGAUCGAGGUAAGAAGAGAAGUAGUCACUACAAUUCCAAUUGUACUUGCAGAUACUGAGGUGCUCCACGCGUUGAGUCAGCAGGAGGAUAAAACUGAAAGAAUGAUUCGAAGGCUGGUGCAAGUCGUAUCAUUUCUGAACAGGAAACAAGGAACAAACAAUCGAGUGGCAAUGUUCAAGGACAAGUGCAAUGAGUUCAUCUUAUUGCUAAGAUGUUACGAAUACGAAGAUGAGAGGAGUCGGGAGAUCGCUUCUGAGAGGCAGUUGGUUAUUGCGAAGCUGAUCAACCUUGACGCCCUGUUCACGUCUCUUGCCAACUUCGUACCCGGUCAAUUCCGUACUGCAUUGGAAGACGUUUAA